CAAACAGCAGCAUAAAUACUUUUAAAGUAACCACAGUAGCAGACUGCUGUCUAAAACAAAAAGGGGUAAAUUAUGACCUCAGUGAUCCAGCAGUGCAUAGGGUGGCAAAGACAGAAAACCAGACCAGUCUGACUUGUGGCUGAAAUGCUGGGACAGAGUUGAAGCAUACUGUAGAUUCACAAUAAAGACUUUCCAGCCCUGUAGUUCAAGCAGAGUCAAGAUGAGAAAGCGACAGCAGCCACACAUUGAAGGACCCCCCCAAGCGCCUGACCACUUGAGGCCCAACACCUGUUGCUUGUGCUGGAGUGGUUGCUGCAAAUGCCCUUGGUAUGAAGACAGGGUGGAUCAUUCUGAACAUCAGACAUGCACAAAAAUGGACAGUAUUGAGGCAACACAGGAACAGCAUGCAACAUUGGAGGAAGUGAUAUCCUGGUCCCGUAGCUUUGAGAAAAUGAUGUACUCCCAGGAAGGCAGAACUGUCUUUGGGGAAUUUCUGCGCUCGGAAUACAGUGAGGAGAACCUGCUGUUCUGGCUGGCCUGUGAGGAUUUGAAGAAGGAGAAAAACCCAACUUUGAUUGAUGAGAAGGCCAGAAUAAUCUAUGAGGACCAUGUCUCCAUACUUUCACCAAAAGAGGUCAGCCUGGAUUCACGAGUUCGGGAAAGCAUAAACCAGAGCCUGUCAGAGCCUAGUCAUGAGAUGUACCAGGAGGCCCAGCUGCAAAUCUACACCCUCAUGCACAGAGACUCCUUCCCCCGCUUUCUCAACUCCACCAUUUAUAGGGACCUUAUGGACAGCAAGAGAAGUGCCAGCUUAGAAACUUGAACUUCUACAAAUAAUGCCACUUGUGUCCCAUGGUUUGAUAUAUCCUAGUUUUUCAUGGAAAAUGGUAAAAGCAAAAAAGCAAA